ACAGUCAUCCUCACCUGAUAAUUGAACGCGCGAUUCCGAUUUUGACAGAUCCGGAAAGAAAUUAAUGGAAAGCGCGCCAACAAAACAAACCAAAAUUCGAUACCACAACCACAACUAACCAAAAUAAAUAAAUAAAAACACUGAUUCACAAUUCCAUUUAUAUAUAUUUCUCUCUCUCUUUUUCUAUUUCUGACUCACUACCCUUUCUAUUUUUCUUUUACACUUGCAUUCAUAUUUCACUCUCUCUUUCUCUCUCUAAAUUCUCAUUCCAGACAAAUCCCUUCUCUCUCUAAAAAAGAAUUUCUUUGUAGUUCGAGUUGAAAAUGACUUUCUCGGAAAAGACGAUUCUGGUUACCGGAGGAGCCGGUUUCAUUGGCUCUCACACUGUGGUUCAGCUUCUCAAUGAAGGCUUUAGGGUUUCGAUCAUCGACAAUCUUGAUAAUUCCGUCACCGAAGCUGUUGAUAGGGUCCGUGAUUUGGUCGGCCCUAAGCGUUCUCAGAAUCUUGAAUUCCAUCUGGGUGAUCUUAGGAAUAAGGAGGACUUGGAGAAGCUCUUUUCUCAAACACAAUUUGAUGCUGUGAUCCAUUUUGCUGGCCUAAAGGCUGUUGGGGAGAGUGUUGCAAACCCUCGCCGUUAUUUCGAUAACAAUUUGAUUGGCACUAUUAAUCUUUAUGAGGUUAUGGCAAAAUAUGAUUGCAAAAAGAUGGUUUUCUCAUCAUCUGCAACAGUUUAUGGUCAACCUGAAAAAAUACCCUGUGUUGAGGAUUUUGAAUUGAAAGCUAUGAAUCCUUAUGGAAGGACCAAGCUUUUCCUUGAAGAAAUUGCUCGAGAUAUUCAGAAGGCAGAGCCAGAUUGGAAAAUUAUAUUACUCAGAUACUUCAAUCCUGUUGGGGCUCAUGAGAGUGGUAGAAUUGGUGAAGAUCCAAAGGGCAUCCCAAACAAUCUCAUGCCAUUCAUACAGCAAGUAGCUGUUGGCAGAUUGCCUGAGCUUAACGUGUAUGGUCAUGAUUAUCCCACAAAGGAUGGUAGUGCGGUCCGAGACUACAUCCAUGUCAUGGACUUAGCUGAUGGUCACAUUGCUGCUCUUCGGAAGCUUUUUACUAAAGAGGAUAUAGGUUGUACGGCCUACAACUUGGGAACUGGAUGUGGUACAUCUGUGCUUGAAAUGGUGGCUGCAUUUGAGAAAGCUUCUGGCAAGAAAAUCCCCGCCAAACUAUGUCCAAGGAGGGCGGGAGAUGCUACAGCUGUUUAUGCUUCUACAGAGAAAGCUGAGCGAGAACUUGGUUGGAAGGCGAAAUAUGGUAUUGCAGAGAUGUGCAGAGACCAAUGGAAUUGGGCAAGCAAAAAUCCGUGGGGAUACCAGUCCAAGCCUUGAAUGGCAUGCUUAAGGGCGUAAUAAGCAAAUUGUAGAAAUUCUUUAGAUGACAUUCUAGCAAAACCGCAUCCCACAAUUUAUUGAGCUACAUGCCUUGCCAUCUCAAAAAAUAAAGAAUUCAACUGUAUCAACUUCUCUAUAUUUCUGCCAAUGUUGAGGAUAAACUUCAUUUUAGCAAACAGAUAGGAAAUUCAAAUUUUUUUAAUGAAAUUGAUGCUGUAUGAUCUUUCAUCAA